AUGACAAGGAUACCGAGUAUUUUCGAGCUUCAGCUUCCUUCUAAUACAAUCUCCCUCUUCAACGGAAUCAAUUCCCAUCAACCGGUUUCAAUCAAAGCCCCAGAAGAAAAAUCAUAUAACCUAAAAGGAUUGUGGUCGCCGAAAGAAGAUGAAAAUCUUAAAAAGGCAAUCUCUACUAAAAGAGGACCAAUAUCAUGGGACGAAAUUGCUAAAUUUGUUCCUGGUAGAUCUCCAAAACAGUGUCGUGAAAGAUGGACAUAUAGAUUAUGCCCAAAUGUGAACAAAGCACCUUUUGAAAGAUGGGAAGAUGAAUUUAUAAUAAUUGAGCGAGAAAAAAUAGGAAAUCGCUGGACAGAGAUUGCCGCAAAGCUUCCAGGAAGAACAAGUUGUGCUAUAAAAAAUAGAUGGUAUACUGUUCUAAAGAAUAGAAUCAGUAAUGGGUAUUUUUCAACAUUCAAUUACUUGCAACCUCAGAAUAUAAAUCAAACUUGCGCUCCACAAACCACACAAUACCAUAUUUGA